AAAAUAUAUUAUAACAAUAUAAAAUGACAGAAUAGUAAUAGAUGAAAAAAACCAAAAUAAUAGGGAGUUACGCAAUAGGUAAUGGAAGUAAAGUGUAUAGAUAGGAAAAACUUUGGGAUUUGGAACAUUUGGUAAAGUGAAAAUGGGGAUUCAUGAACAAUCAUAAGAGAAAGUAGCUAUAAAAAUACUAGAGAAAGAUAGAAUAAUAGAGACAGCAGAUGUAGAAAGAGUGUAAAGAGAGAUUCAUAUCUUAAAAUUAGUAAGACAUCCACAUAUAAUAUAAUUAUAUGAGGUAAUGAAAUAUAAUAGUUAGAUAAUUGAAACACCGAAACAUAUAUUUUUAGUAAUGGAAAUGAUAAGUGGUGGAGAGUUGUUUGAUUAUAUAGUUUAGAAUACAAAGUAAUAUAUCAGAUUAAUAAGAUUGGAAGAGGUUGAGGCAUGUAAAUUAUUUCAGGAAUUGAUUGCUGGAAUAGAAUAUUUACAUAGAUUACGAGUAGUUCAUAGAGAUUUGAAACCAGAGAAUUUAUUAUUAGAUCAUAAUAAGAAUUUGAAAAUUGUAGAUUUUGGAUUAUCAAAUACUUAUAAAUAAGAAGAAAUGUUGAAGACUGCUUGUGGAAGUCCUUGUUAUGCAGCACCUGAGGUAUAGAGAGACUUUUAUUAAAUAGAUGAUAGAAGGAUAAAAAUAUUAGGGUGUCAAAGUCGAUUUAUGGAGUUCUGGUGUUAUAUUAUUUGCAUGUUUAUGUGGCUAUCUACCAUUUGAAGAUUAAAAUACUUCUGCUCUUUACAAAAAGAUUUUAAGUGGAUCCUAUUAAUUACCUUCUCAUCUCUCAAAAGAAGCCUAAUCAAUGAUCUAAGGAAUUCUCACAGUUAAACCAGAUAAGCGAUUUACUAUUAAUGAUAUUAGAAAUCAUCCAUGGUUCUAAAUUUAUAAAAGAACUUAUGAUAUACCUCCAGGAAUUGUUGUUGGUUAUAACAGAAUACCUAUUGAUUAAGAAAUUCUCAAAUAAUUAAAAUCAUAUGGCAUAGAUAUUGAUCAUGCUUAAAAAUGUUUAGAUGCCAAUAAACAUAAUGAAAUAACGACCUUUUAUCAUCUACUUCUUAAAAGACAUCUAACUAAUGGAGGAAGAUCAACUGCUGAUCUUAAUUCAGAAUCUUUUGAUAUUACUCUUUUAGAACCUAAACCUAGACCUUAAAAAGGUAUUCUUACUCUUUUCAUCUCUAGCUCCUAUUAGUUCAUUAGUUAAUAAUGAAGUUAUUAGAUAAUCAAUUAGAGAUGAUAUUAUUAAGUAAAGAUCUUAUUCUACUGAUAAAGAUAGAGGAAGAAUUAUUAAAACUACCAAUCAAAAUAAAAUACUUGCAGAUAAUGAUUUAAGUGUUAAUAGAAUAGGAAAUAAUAAUGGAUAAGCUUAUAGUGUAUAACCAAGAUAAAAAGAUGAAAAUUAUUUUGAAUAAUCUCCUCCUAUUAAAAAAUAGAAACAUCCAUAUUAAAAUAUGUUAUGUCAAAAAAAUGGAGUCAAAAUUAAAAAUUAUAAUGUUACUUCUAUAGAUUAUCAAAAUAAGGAAGAAAUUAAAAAAGUAGGUUCCAGAAAUAAAAGAGAAUUGGAUAUCGUUAAUCCUUAUCGAAAUUCUAAGAGAGAUUAAUAAUUGAAUAGAAUGCUAUAAAGUGGAAGCAGAUCAUAAAAUCAUAAAAAAGAUAGGGCUUAUAUUCCUAAUUAAAAUAAUCAAUCCUUUGAUGUACCUUUAAAUUCUAAUCAAUCAACUAAAUAAAAAUCAGUUCACUAAUAACGAUCAGGACAUUUUUAUCAUGAUUGA